AUAAUAGUGCAUGAAAUUGCAUUGCAGAAAUUCCUACCUAUAAAGUUAGGCUUCUUUGUGUUGGUGCAUAUACAUUGUUUCUGUUGUGCAGAGUGGACUUUCAGUCGGUUGUUUUGUACAGCCAGUAGCUUUAGAAUUUUUCUGAAUUGUUUUGAAUGCAAAUUCUGUUAUUUUGAGGCACAUUGUGUAAUGUAGAAUUUUGGUUGUGGCACUUUACAAAAUGUUGUUUUGAAUUCCAUAAGAUCAACUGACAUAAAUGCUGUUGUAUGAAAGGUGCCCAGGUGAUUUUUUUUUUUUACUGUUGGUUUUUCUUAGGAUCUGUAUUUAUUUUACUAAGAAACUAUAUCAAACAACAAGUUUAGUAUCCUCUAUACAUCAUGAGUAAUCCAAAGAGAGAUGAUACACAAACUGCCCAAGAUGAAGAAGACCGUGAAGUUGGGCUGCUCUGCUUGAAGAUUAAAGACAUACUGGAGGAUUUAUUCUCUGAAAGUCACCUGGCAAAGGACGGAUUCCUGCUGAAGCAUGUGCAGAAGACCAAGCAGGGUUACGUCAGUCUCAAGCUUCUUACUUGUUUGAAAAAGAUAAAGGCCCUGACCACAAACUGGGACAUGACUCUAGUAGCAGCAACGUAUUCAGACCUUCUGGAAGUGAAUGAUGAACGCACCAAAGUGAGGCGCAUAAAGCCGCUUCCACAAUGGCUGCUGUGCUCCCCCACCAGCAAGUUCUUACUCACCUGGAAUAUUUUUGAGGACCAAAACAGAGAAGACGGAGCAGCCAGCGUCCCGGAGCAUCCUUCACUCUCAGAAAGGGUCCUGCAAAGGUUCAGUAUUUAUGGCUCUGUUACUUCAGUUUGGAUCCUGCAUCCUGGUGAAGAGCUUCCCAGGGAGCUGCAAUGUUAUGCCAAAUGCCACAAAGAGCUUGGCCAGCAUUUAUGUGCGGUGGUCAAGCUUGAUAACUUGGAGGCAGUUCGUGAGGCCUUCAAUGCCCUGAAAGCAGAAGAGGAGAAAUCCAAAGGGAAGGGCAUACGUGUGGUGCCUUUGGGAUUCAAGGGAACACAUCGCUUUAAUGAAGACAAAUUAUCAGAAGAAAACAGUGAAGACCACUUUAAGGAGAAUUCACCUUUUCAAGAACAUCCACCAAAAAUCUCCAAGGACUUCAAGGAACCUUCUUCACCAGUUAAGGUUUCUGACAAAACUGGACGCACACACCCGCCUCAAACAUCCUCAGAUCAUACCAUUCAGAGAACCUUUGACCAGAUGUUCUCCAGCUGUGAUGGCAAGUGUCUCUCUGGUUUGAAUCAGAGGUACAGUAAGAUGAGCUGGUGCUCUGGAGACUGUGAUAAAGAGAGUUCCCAGAGCCCAUGGGUGCUCAGGCGCAAAUUAGCAGCAGAUGCUUUAAACCCAAAGGUGAUGAGACACCUGAACGCACCCUGGCUGAUGCAGACAGUGCUGCGGCAGCCCUUCGGCCCUGAUGGCACUAAGGGUUUUCAGGGCAGAAGGAGUCUAUGGCAGCAGAAGGAGAUUAGCAAAUUUGUGAAGCAGUAUUUUUCAACAAAAAAUUAAAAACUGUGAAAGAAAAUAAAAUAGCUUCUGCAUUGAACGACAAAAGCUUUUGACGUUCUGUCAUCACUGUCAAUGAGUGGGUGUUUAUUCAGGAUGGCAUGUAGUUAUCAACCACUGACAAUUGGGGGCAGCAUU